AUGGUCGAUAGCCAUAAAAUCAAGAAUAAGAUAAAGCGUGGUCAGAUUGUCGAAGCUGCUAAGAAAGCUAAAGGGAAGAAUAAAUUAGAGAAACGUUUAAAAAACAAGAAAGAGGAGACUGAAGAAGAAGCAGAAGAGCGGAGAUCUAAGAAUGUACCAAAUACACUCGAUAAUACUAGAGAAUUUGAUGCUACAAUCCCACAAGCACAGCCAGUGACUCAAGAUAACGAUCAAAGUCAGGAAGAACAACCUGAUAACGGAGGUACUAGUGAUGCGUUAGGAACAGAUGAUCCUGAAUUAGCUUCUGAUAUAGCUAACGAUGCGUUUGCUACGUAUUUCACACCACAAUUGGUCAAUCCAGAUGAUCCAAACUCACCAAUCAAACUUCCAAAGAUUCUCAUAACUACUAGCGUAGGAGCUGGUAAGAAUAGUAUAGAAUUUUGCAUGGAUUUGACUUCUGUGCUGCCAAAUUCUGAGUAUGUAAAGAGAAGAGGUGGUAAAGGAUAUGAGAUUGCUACAAUUGCUGGAUGGGCUAAGAAGAGGGAUUAUACCGAUAUGAUGGUUAUUAAUGAAGAUCACAAGACGCCAAAUGCUAUAACACUUAUGCACUUGCCAUAUGGUCCAACAGCAUACUUUAAGCUUUCUUCAGUGAAACUUUCAAAAGCUAUAACAGGACACGCACGCCCAACCCCUCACCAUCCAGAACUUGUUCUCAACAAUUUUGCUACUAGACUAGGUCAUACAGUUGGUAGAAUGUUUCAAGCACUCUUUCCACCUGUUCCAGAAUUUGAAGGUCGUCAAGUUGCUACAUUUCACGUGCAGCGUGACUUUAUUUUCUUUAGACGACAUAGAUAUGCCUUCAAAUCAACUGAGAAGACAGCUUUGCAAGAAAUAGGGCCAAGGUUUACGCUUAAGUUGAGAUGGAUGAAGCGUGGUCUGCCAUCUAUUAAAUAUGAAGUUGAUAAUCGUCCAACAGAAGCACGUCUGGCUAAUGCAGCAGACAACGAUAAUGGUAAUGACGGAUUUGAAUUUCAAUGGAAACCAGAACUUGAAACUAGUAGACGGAAAUUUUUCCUUUAAGAUUGUUUAUAAACUCAUUAUUAGAUUCAUUAUCAUUAUUACAAA